GCGCAAGUGUGGGCGGAGCUGCUGACUGCAAGGGCGGCAAGAUGGCGGCGGCCGGGCUGAGGGCAAUGGUGGGAGUGAAGCGGGUCAUUGACUAUGCCGUUAAGGUCCGGGUAAAACCAGACAAUUCAGGGGUGGUGACCGAUGGGGUCAAGCACUCAAUGAACCCCUUCUGUGAGAUCGCCGUAGAAGAAGCUGUCCGUCUCAAGGAGAAAAAACUUGUCUCGGAGAUAAUUGCCGUCAGCUGUGGCCCACAGCAGUGCCAGGAGACGAUCCGCACAGCCCUUGCCAUGGGAGCUGACCGGGGUGUCCAUGUGGAGAUUCCUGCAAAGGACUACGAGAGCCUCACCCCCUUCCAGGUUUCAAAGAUCCUGGCAGCGCUUGCCAAGAAGGAAAGUGUGAAUCUGCUGCUGCUAGGGAAACAGGCCAUUGAUGAUGACUGUAACCAGACAGGGCAGAUGACGGCUGCAUUUCUUGACUGGCCUCAGGGAACUUUUGCUUCAGAAGUGAGCCUGGAUGGGGACUGGCUGAAGGUGGAGCGGGAAAUCGACGGGGGUCUCGAGACGGUGCGCCUGAAGCUGCCUGCUGUGGUGACUGCCGAUUUACGGCUGAAUGAGCCUCGCUACGCGACUCUGCCCAACAUCAUGAAAGCCAAAAAGAAGAAAAUGGAGAUGGUGAAGCCAUCCGAUCUUGGUGUGGAUCUCACGCCUCGAGUGAAGACUCUGAGCGUGGAAGAUCCUCCUCAGCGGAAGGCCGGAGUCAAAGUGGAAACGGUGAAAGAUUUAGUUGCUAAGUUGAAAGAGAUCGGGCGCAUCUGAGCUCUCGGGUAAUUUUGCCUUGCCCUGAGAUGCUGCUACGGGUGGAUCUCCUAGGAAUGGGUGUGGCCUUCAUAGAGCCUGUCUUCCUGUCUCGAGAGAGAGAGAGAGCCCAUCCUGUCGGGACCCGGUCCCUCUGAAAUCACAAACCAUGCUGCCUUCCCUCUCAGCUGGCCGCUGGAGAGAGCCAAACGAGAGUUUAAUUCUAUUUUCUGUACUAAUGAUGGGUUGGUUUGCAAUAAACGUCAUGUGAUCUUUGAAGGUGCUCGGAGCAAA